UAUUUAAAUGUAUCUGGUCUUCAACAAACUGCUGUCUUAUUGUUGUACAGCUUCACAGACAGCGCACUUCUCUUAUGUCUAAUUCAAAAUAUUUUAAAUUGUUGGGAUUGUGGGAUUUGUGGGAUAUUCAAUAGCUGUUAUAAAGUUGCAUUUUUUUCCGACAAGCAGCUACUGUAUGGGAACACAAUGUAACAAAUGUUGAGUAUUUUAGCAAACUGAUAAUUGUUUUAUGUUUCACAACAAAGGAAUCUGAGAUGUCUGUUCAGGGGGAUGAGGAGAUGUUAACCAGAGCUUCUCUUGAAGAUGCCUUGGAGAGAGAUGCAGAAACAAAUGUUUCUCUUCAAGAGAUCCAUGACGAGGUCAUCGAAGAACAGAUUGAUGAAGUCAUCGAAGAACAGAUUGACGAAAUCGUUGAGGUAGACACGACUGGAUAUAAUUACCAAGAGACUGUAGAAGCACUUCCAGAGGAAGUUGAGGAGCUGCGCUCUGUGUCCAGUGAAGACAACUACACUCCCUUCAGUGAGGAAUCUGAGAUAUCUGUUCAGGAGGAUGAGGAGAUGUUCCUCAGAGCUUCUCUUCAAGAGGCAGAAACAAAUGUUUCUCUUCAAGAGGCCUUGGAGAGGGAAGCAGAAACAAAUGUUUCUCUUCAAGAAGCCUUGGAGAGAGAAGAAGAAACAAAUGUUUCUCUUCAAGAGGCCUUGGAGAGAGAAGCUAGGACUAAAGCUUCUCUUGAAGAGGCCUUGAAAAAGGAAAAAGCUCAACAGGAAGAAAUUCUUGAGCAGAAGCGUAAAGAAAAAGCUCUUGAAAAUACUCUGAGGGAGGCGGAG